UAAUUUCAAGUUCCAAUCCCUCUUCUCCAACUAAAACAACUGUAGCUCUCCAGUUCUCACAAACUUCUACGUUGUUCUCUCCAUUUAUUAAUAAAUUCUUCUCUCUGUUUCGUUGUUUCCCAUAGAAAACCAAUUCGUCUUAUCGUCGGAUUCCAGUUUUUUUAGUUUCUGAAAUUUUCUUUUCGAUAGUGUUCGUCUGAUAUCUAUCGAUUCGUUUGAACUAGAUUUGUGCGUUUUGGUUCCUUGUUGAUAAUGUGCAGUUCUCGGCUUAUGAUCUCGAGUUAAUGGCCACGGAACCUCUGCACCUGGUUUUUUCGGGACACUGCCCUAUUUUGGUAUUGGCACAGUGAGAGGAAAUUGACUAUCAAAGAACAUUAAGGGACGAGGAAGAUGGCAAAGAUGAUAAACAAGACGCUUGUACUAACUUAUAUCUACUUACUGAUUUACAUUCUACUCUCUUCAGGAGUUAUACUGUACAACAAGUGGGUUUUAUCGCCAAAAUACUUCAAUUUUCCACUUCCUAUAACGCUGACAAUGAUCCAUAUGGGGUUUUCUGGAUUCGUGGCGUUCCUUCUUAUUCGCGUGUUCAAGGUUGUUGCUCCGGUUAAAAUGACAUUUGAAAUAUACGCAACAUGUGUGGUACCUAUUAGCGCAUUCUUUGCAUCAAGCCUGUGGUUUGGCAAUACUGCAUAUUUGCACAUUUCUGUUGCCUUCAUUCAGAUGCUCAAAGCUCUAAUGCCAGUAGCAACAUUCAUCAUGGCAGUUAUUUGCGGCACUGACAAACCAAGAUGCGACGUGUUCUCGAACAUGUUGCUGGUCAGUGUUGGAGUUGUGAUAUCUUCUUAUGGGGAAAUCCAUUUCAAUAUAGUUGGCACGGUCUAUCAGGUCACAGGCAUAUUUGCUGAAGCACUUAGACUGGUGCUAACUCAAGUUCUUCUCCAGAAGAAAGGAUUGACAUUGAACCCUAUAAACAGCUUAUAUUACAUAGCUCCCUGCAGUUUUGUUUUUCUGGCCUUGCCUUGGUAUGUUUUGGAGAAACCCACAAUGGAAGUUUCACAGAUCCAAUUCAACUUCUGGAUCUUCUUCUCCAAUGCUCUCUGUGCUCUUGCCUUGAAUUUCUCCAUAUUCUUAGUAAUCGGGAGAACAGGUGCAGUGACCAUCCGGGUAGCUGGUGUUCUCAAAGACUGGAUUCUCAUAGCCCUCUCCACCGUCAUAUUUCCCGAGUCCACCAUUACUGGGUUGAACAUCACUGGAUACGCAAUUGCGCUUUGUGGCGUCGUCAUGUACAAUUAUAUAAAAGUGAAGGACGUGAAGGCGUCUCAAUCAACUGCUGACAGUCUCCCAGAUCGAAUCAACAAGGAGUGGAAGAUGGAGAAGAAGUCUUCAGAUAAAUUCAAUCCUGAUGUCGGUGGAGAGAGCCCAAGAGUAGGAGCCGAGAUAAACGACGAGGAAGCCCCUUUGAUUACAUCUCGGUUAUCUCAUAUCGGUCGGACGCAGCUCGGAAAUCACGCCGCUUAAGAUGCUGCUGGUGAAAAAAACGUAUUAUAGAGGUUUUUUUUGGCUUUCCUAUUCUUUGUUAUUUUUUUUUUUGUUGCGUAUAAAUAGAAAUCUUUGAAACCAAAAGAAAAGGUGCAGCAUCAUCAUCCUAGACCGUGUGUUCUCGUGUCUAAAAGUGAAAACUGUUUCUUUUUAUUCAAAGUUUGCAACUUUAGUAAGAAAUAGAAUAGCGGAGAUUAUUACCGAUGAUUAGCUUAAAAACAUAAAAGUCACAAAUUCGUUUGUAGUGAAUUGACGUUUAUGUUAUUACAUUU